AUGGCGACCGAAGUCGCCUUUGAUACCUCAAUGGGUACUUUCUCUGUCGAGCUCUACAACACCCAUGCGCCCAAGACCUGCAAGAACUUCGCUACGCUCGCACAAAGAGGCUACUAUAACAAUGUCAUCUUCCACCGCAUUAUCCCUAACUUCAUGGUUCAGACCGGUGAUCCUACCGGCACUGGCCGCGGAGGUAGCUCAAUCUACGGCGAAAAAUUCGAAGAUGAGAUCCGUGGCGACCUAAAGCAUACUGGUGCUGGUGUUCUCAGUAUGGCAAACAGUGGUCCCAACACAAACGGCAGCCAAUUCUUCGUUACUCUCGCGCCGACACCGUGGCUGGAUGGAAAGCACACAAUCUUUGGUCGCGUGAAGAGCGGGAUGCGGGUGAUCCAACGCAUGGGUCUAGUCAAGACUAAGGGAGAGGACAGACCCGUGGACGAGGUCAAGAUCAUCCGGGCCAGAGUGGUGGAAGAAGGGACAGAGGAGUGA